AAUUGAUGCCUUCUAGAAGGCAUAAUGGGUUGAACGAACUUACAAUGCAAAGCCGCCUAAUGAGUGAUGAGGAAAAUAAGACAGGGAAGAAAAGUGAAUGGUUUAGAUUAAACUUAUUCGGAACUCUGAAAAAUUUUCCUCCUUCUUUAUGCUCAUUGACAUACAUUACAACUUUAGUUGUUAAAAACAACCAUCUAGAGCGACUUCCAGAAGAGCUAGGAAACCUACACAAUCUUGUAAAUUUGGAUGCCAGUCAUAACAAAAUAUCUUCCCUUCCUGCUUCGAUUGGUUCCUUAAUUGAAUUGAGAUCGCUCAUACUUAACGAUAAUAAGAUUAAUGACCUUCCUCAUGAAAUCGGACAUUUGCUUAACCUAAGGCACUUUAACUUACAUGAUAAUCCACUUCGUUCUGAUGUGUCCGAGGUAUAUUCCGAUGGUUCUGAGCAAUGCAUUAGAAGGAUGGUUCGGUUCUAUCUGGAAAGAUAUUAUAUAUAUACAAGGUUUAGAAGCAUCCCUUGA